AUGAGUGAAGAAGUACAGAAACAUAUAGACACAAUCCGUUCACAGUUUUGUGAAAGUUAUCAACAGGCUAGCGAUUUGCAUGGCAUUACAUCUGAUACGCAAUUGCAAAGUUCUGAUGAGUUGACUGAAUUGAAGAAAUUAUCACAGAUCAAUAAAGCUCAUGCCACCAAGAUUGGUAUCGUAUGCCAGCCUCAAAGGUUUUAUGACAAUCUAAAUGCAUUAAGUAAGGAGUUGCAGGAGUUUACCGCUUCACUGUUUUACACUUUGAGCUUACUCCCGCUGUUCUACCAGGAUAAGAAGGACAAAUGGGCACCAUUCUUUUUACAAAGACUGGAUUCGAAGAUUCUUGAGUUACUCAGUGGUUCGUCAGUACUAUGCAAUGAUAUUGAUGCCAUGUUGAAAGAUGAUCAGCGAGAAAAGGAAGACACAGAUAGACUGAGAUCUAUUGGUAUGAUUUGGGCCGCUUGUGAUUCGUUGGACGAGUUGGCCCAAAGGGGCCAAUUCCAUCUUUUAGGUGAUGGUGUACAUCAGAGUUGUGCUCUAGUGCAAGACGUUUUACAAGAUAUUGAACAAUGGAUUGCGAAUCCUGAAUUGGGUGACGAUUUUGAUUUGGAAGAUUUAGAAGAUUCAGAAGAUGAAAAGGACGAAAGUGGGAACGACAGUGAUCAUGGUGAUGAUGAAGUUGCAUUGCAGAAGAUGAAAGAUUUUGUUCAGGACUGGCAGAAUAAAAUUAAAAUGAUUAAAUUACUUCUAUCGUCAUUUGCGAAAUCAAUCUCCACCAAUUUUUACAAGGAUCGUAAGACAAAGGGCUCCAUCUUGCAAAAGUUGUACGAUUUGCAGAAAGACAUUGUGGCACAGGUCGAUGAAUUGCUUUCUGAUUUCUUCAUGUCAGAUGCAAGUUUUGAUCCAACCGAAUUUGAACCAACCAUCCAUAAAUUAAAUGAGUUAUUGACUCAAGUGGUUAAGAUUUUAAGAAAUUUGAAUAAAGAUGAUACAAAGAAAUCCAAAUGGAUUGAAGUCUGGGAUAAUAAGUACUUUGCCAAAUAG